UUCCCGACUCCGCCACCUGACACGUGAGGCGGAGCGCAAAAGCGUCUCGGGGGACGAGAGGCGAAAGAGUCAAAUGAUGGAUGGAGAGAAGCGAAGGGGAAGGGAGCGAAAGCAGCACAAGACCGAGCUCGGGGGGACCGAACCGAAGCGGCGCACUGAUGACAUGAAUCGGCGCGCUCACAUCUGGAACAGCUUCAGCAGCUGCACCUGAAGGAGGACUUUUUGCUCCUUUUUUUUCUCGUUUCGCCUCUUCAAAUUGGAAUCGCUCCGGAAUGCUUUCCCCGCCGAGUAUGCGCAACUGAAAAAGAAACCUGCGAGGUAGGAAUGAGAAGUCUCAGAGGCUGAAGGAGUGAAUAACUUCAGAGUGAGAUUCGGCAAAGCUUCGCCCUGCUCCCUCCACAGGUUCAUGCGCACGCACGCCGUUUGUUUUGUAGAAUGAUCCCAGGAGGCCACGCACCUUCCAGAGAGCUAAUAACCCCCCACCCCCUUUACUUCCCAAAAGUCCCCUCCUUCCACCGGCCUCCCACCUCACCUGCACCAGUCACAACACGCCGGAGAUCCGCGGGGAGCUCUGAGAGCCCACCGGACGCGGGCGCAGAGACCAACUGAGAGUCACCAAGGCGGGAUGUCGAAAACCUCCAGGCUGGCCCGGCCUCCCUCAGCCGGCGCCGGAUCCAAGCUGCCCUCCCCCAGGAAGGAAUGCCCUGGCGUAACUUCUUCGGCCGGUCAGGCACGGGUACAGAGCGUCGGCGAGAAGCUGAUGAGGGCGGGCACUGACGGUGGGUUAACGAGGCAAAAAUCGCUCAUGGACAAAGCGGCGAGCCAAAACCAGUUGGAACCAAAGGGCCCAGGUGAGGCCGGACCCACCACGGAGUCAAACCCUCCGAAGAGUAAAUCCAACACGCCGAAAGCGGCGAGCCAGCACCACGGUUCUGUCCACAAGCAGACCAAGAGCAACCUGAGGGUCACCUCCCCCGAGGACGCCGAGUACGCCACAAGGAGGCAGGCCUCGCCAAAUGGGGCGCCCGCUUCCAGGGCAGACGCCAAAAGCAGCGGCCGCGCCGUACCGCGGAGACACACCUUAGGGGGAGCCCGAGGUAGCCGAGAGAUCCUGGCCAUGCAGCCGCCCGACAUGGACAAGAAGAGGGAGGCCUUCCUGGAGCACCUCAAGCACAAGUACCCACAUCACGCCUCGGCAAUCAUGGGCCACCAGGAAAGGCUGCGGGAGCAGUCUCUGCAGGCCAUGCUCUCCUCCCUGCACUCCGAGCUUGACAUUCAGAGCUACUUGAUGACCAUCCAGUCGCCCGGUCGCACAAGCAGAAGCCCCAAGCACUGCCCCAGCCCGCAGCCCGGCGUGGACGUGGACCACCUCUCCCUCAACUCCCUGGACUCGAUGGAAGCCAUGUCCGAGGUGGACGCGCCUAUAGGCUUCACCCGGGGCAGCCGGGUCCGCGCCAGCCUUCCUGUAGUCAGAUCCACCAACCAGACCAAAGACCGCUCGCUCGGCGUGCUCUACCUGCAGUACGGAGACGAGACUAAACAAAUCCGCAUGCCCAACGAGAUCACCAGCAUCGACACGGUCCGAGCUUUGUUCGUCAGCGCCUUCCCGCAGAUGCUCACCAUGAAGAUGCUGGAGUCGCCCAGCGUGGCCGUUUACGUCAAGGACGACAUGAGGAACGUGUACUACGAGCUCAGCGAUGUCAGGAAUAUCACAGACCACUCCUGCCUGAAAGUCUACCACAAGGACCCGGCGCAGGCUUUCAGCCACGGGCCCCGGCCGGCCAAUGACGACGCCAGGACGCACGGCGACAUGGUGAAUCCUCUCAGGCAGCCUCCAGGGGGUCCGCCGCCGCACCACCCGUUACAGGCGACGCUCCCUUCCUCUCCGCACUCCCCUUCCCGGAUCCCGUUCAGCCCGCGGCAGGGCUCUCUGCCCGGCAACGGCACCGUGCCCAGGGAGCGCCUUUCCACCGCCCCAGCCCGCUCCAGCUCGCCCUGCCCCAGUGCCAUCCUGGAGAGGCGGGAUGUCAAGCCAGACGGCGACAUGGGCGGAAAGGGUCACGGUGGCAGUAGGGCCAACGAGGGCCACUACGCCGACCCCUAUCUUCUCCAGGAGGGACGCAUGGGCAUGACGACGGCCCACGCACAGCACCCCAACACCGGGCACGACGGGCCGGAACACGGCUUCCACCGGGUGUCCAUCCGCUCCACGAGCUCUUACGGGGCGCCCAGCCCCAUAGACUCAAUCGACCACCCAUCCCUGUACAGGCAGAAGUCAAGAAACAGCCAACUUCCCACGCUGGGCUCCAAGACCCCUCCGCCGUCCCCUCACCGGAUGACCGACGUGCGGCUCAUCGACAUCCACGGUGGUGUUCCCAUGGAGAGGAGCUCGUCGGUGCGGCAGUCCUUCAGGAAAGAGGACGCGACGGGGACCAAGGGCAGGAAUAACGCGGCGCCGUCAGACGUCCACUCUCAAGGGCCUGUCCCGGCCGCGAGUGACAUUCAGACACGAGAGCGAAUGAAGGCAAUGGAGCAACAGAUUGCCAGCUUGACUGGUCUUGUUCAGCAUGCGCUUUUAAAGGGGCCAGACAAGGAGCCUCUAAGUGAGAGACCCUCAAAGACGUCGUCUCCAGCCCACAGUGCGCACAGCUCGAGUGGCUCACCGGUUUUGGCACCCAAGUGCAACGCUUUCGCUGCGGCCGCGGCGCCGCCACAAGACAAGCAGAGCCAGAUUCCUCUCAAAGCCAACCUGCUGCAGUUCAGGAAGAAUGUGUCGGAUCUCAGGAUGCAACUGCAGCAGAUGAGGCAGCUGCAGCUCCAGAACCAGGAGAUCAUGCGAGUGCAGCUGAAGCGAGCUGAGCAGGAAAUCGGCGCUAAACUGGCAGAGGCCCUGCGACGCCUGGAAGACCCCGUCCAAAAGCAGAGGGUUCUGGUGGAAGAAGACCGGCAGAAGUACUUGGGCCUGGAGGAGCGCGUGCUAACACAGCUCGGUGAUCUGGAGCAAUACGUGGGCACUCUCCAGAAGGACUUGUUGGGGACUCACCGAGCGGUGACCCUCAAGGAUGUGGAGGAGGGGGCGGUGACUCUGAGGAAGGUGGGAGAGUCGCUGGCAGGCCUGAAAGGAGAGUUUCCGGCCCUGCAAACCAGAAUGCGCGCCGUGCUCCGCGUGGAGGUGGAAGCCGUCAAGUUUCUCAAGGAGGAGCCUCACAAACUGGACAGCAUGCUGAAAAGGGUGAAGAGCCUGACGGACACGCUGAGCUCUCUGAGAAGAUCUGCAAGUGAGAGCAGUCAGCGAGUGGCCGACCCUUCUUCUGACAUCCCAGCGGACAACAUCCUAUUUCCAGCGGAGACCCCACCAGCAUCAGUAUCCACAGCGGCCCCGCCGGAGUCCCAGAGCUCCACCGUGAAAUCCGAGGUGAAGCCCUCCUCUCCGGUGGUGAUCCAUCACGUCCAAAGCUCCCCGGUUCCUGUGCGGCAAUCGCAACAGUCCGCCAGCUUGUCCGCCGCUCAGCCCAGCCCGCCUCUCGCAGCCUGCCCCGCUCCCUUCAACGCUCCCAGUCUGAGCAAGAGUCAAGGCCGGGAGUCCCCCAAGGCAACGUCCGCGGACCCGCCGAGCCCGGCCCACCAUAAAAUGACACUUGGGAGUCCGGUGAACCACGGCAACGGGACCGCCAACCAGGGUCUGGUCAUUGAGGAGCUGCAGCAUAGUAAGGAGAAAUGCAAGAACAGAGCAAUGUCCAUCGAGGCAGCAGAGAAGGAGUGGGAGGAGAGAAGGCAGAACAUGGGUCAGUAUGAUGAAAAAGAGUUUGAGAAAAUCCUCCAGGAGGCAGAGGCCAACAUGAUCAAGGGCCUUCCCAGCCCUGAUGUGGAAAGUAACCCACUGCUGCCCCCUGCUGCCUCCAGAGACCAAGCAAAAAUCCCCCUGGAGUCCCCAACAGAGCCUCAGCCUGAGCCUCCUAUGGACAAACCAGCUAAGAGGGUUCCGGAGAAGCUUUCGAAGCUGGUGAUGGAAAAAACUGCCAAACCAGCUCCGGAAAGACCCCCUAAGACCCCCGGGAAACCCGCAUCCCCGGAUUCUUUUAAUAAAAUGGGAUCCGAAAUUGUCGCCAAGUCCCCACCACCGCCGCCUCCCAGGAAGACCUUCGGCAACUCCGGCAUGACCACCACGCGUUCUGGAGAGGUGGUCUACACCAGCAGAAAGGACUCUCAGGAGGGGGAAGAGGAGAGACUGCUCCCUGUCGCCCAAAUCAAGCCCAAUAAAAGUGUCCCACCAGAACCCAGGAAGCCCGCUACUCCACCUCCUGUUGUUGCCAGGGAGGAGGAGGAUGAUAGCGACAGGAUCAUGGCAGAACUCCAAGUUUUCCAGAAGUGCACAAUUCAGGAAGUCGGGCCGCCAAACACGGCGGAGCCGGCUCCUCACAUGGAAGCUCAAAUAAGAGAGCUAAGAGCGGACAAGAAGCAGAGCUCAGAGCCAAAACAGGAUGAAAAAGAUCCUGACACGGACGAAAAUGGAAACACGACUGUCCGGCAAAGCCAAGGGGUCAUAUACUACGUGACCGGAAAGAUUCCAAAAGAGCAGCCGCACCAUUCCGGAACGGAGGAAUCCCACGAACACCGGGAGCCCACCCAGUCUCCAUCACAGGUGUCAAAUGUCACUAUUAACGACAAUUCUCCAGGCCAGCCACAACAGCAGGAGCAGCGACCGCCAAAAUUAACGGCACCCAAAUCACCACCGCCUAAGUCAGCACCACUCAAGUCCCCACCGCCUAUUUCGCCCAAACCUGCAGGACUGACUGCAUUCAAACUACCCAGGAAGCCCCUAAAACGCUCCGAGUCCUUGAAGACCAGUACCGAAAUGGAGAAGGGGAAGAACCUGAACAGAAUCGGCACAGAGAAGAAGAGUCAGCUUGUACUGGAGUCUGUCUCUUCCAGUAAGAAUGUAAAAUCCGAGGCUGGAGCGACCGCGUUAGCCAGAGAGGGGUCUAAAGGUUGCGCUCCACCACCGCCGCCGAGGAGGUCAUCAAGUGAGGAGCACAAUCCGCCUAAAUGUAACUUCGAGGAAGCUAAUGAAGAGGCUAGUCUUAGUCCUGACUUACCAGGAGAAGAGGCACCUCCUCCACCGGACAACAUUGCCUUUAUGAUCACUAACACUAAGGUUCAGGCCCUUUCUUGUGGGGAGUACAAGGAAUUGGUCAAUGCCAAGAGGGGAAGUGUCCAGACUGUGACUGUCGGUGGAGGGAACAAUGCAACGGAUUCCGACUUGCCUCUGGAUAAUGGCUUCAACAAGAAGCCCGUCAUCAUUAUUUUCGAUGAACCCAUGGACAUCCGGGCCGCCUACAAACGCCUUUCCACCAUCUUUGAGUGCGAAGAGGAGCUAGACCGGAUGCUAGCGGCGGAGCGGAUCGAUGAGGAGAGCGAGGAGUCGGACACUGACAGGAGCGGCGGGCUACAGGUGAAAACCGGAGUGCCCGGGUCGGUUGACGGCGAAAAGGUUACUUCUUCUCAAGCCGCCGAAGACCAUACCAGCCUGUCAUCGUCAUCGUCGUCAUUAAUUUUGGACUCAGCAGACACUGGAGUAUCGAACGGAGAGGCCAAGCAGGAUAGCAAGAAAAAGUUCAAGUUCAAAUUCCCCAAGAAACAGUUCGCAGCACUUACCCAAGCCAUUCGCACAGGCACCAAGUCGGGAAAGAAAACAUUACAGGUGGUCGUGUAUGAGGAUGAGGAGGAAUCGGACGGAACUGUAAAGCAGCACAAGGAAGCCAAGAGAUUUGAGAUCUCGCGCUCAAAAUCCUCAGCGGAGUCCCUCAAGGCACCGAGCCCCACCCCGCUAAAGAGGCACAACUCGGACUCUGUCUGCAGGACCAACGAGAUCCGUAAGAACACCUACAAGACACUGGACAGCUUAGAACAGACCAUCAAGCAGUUGGAGACCACCAUUAACGAGAUAGGACCCGUUUCUCCCGAAGAGCCGGUUUACUCUGAGGUGAAAAAGGGAGAGAAUGGCAAAGUGUCUGAAGGGCUGCGGCGGUCCGCCUCGCUUCCAACUUCCAAGGCGUCGGCACUGAAGCUGGCCAGCAAAGGUUCAUUCCAGAAGAAGCAUAAACCUCUGCUCCUUCCGCGCCCUGUAGUCAUCCCCGCCAGCACCAGCUCCAGCACCACCGCCGUCAGUGCCCCCAGUACCCCCAGCACCAUCCAACAGAAUACCAGUGUCGCUUCCCCCACUAGUCGGAUGCCCAUCCCUUUGUCCGCGAAGUCCAGGCAGUCGCCGGCUACUACUGACAAAGCAGGAAAACAGCCAAAACUGCAGGACGCUCAAAGGCAGUUCCGACAGGCUAACGGAAGUACUAAAAGAGUGGGAGCGGAUCAUAAAACUACCUCCCCCACUGUACCCGUCUCUAAAAUCCCCGCUUUUUACCCUAGCGCUACUAAAGGCGGCUCAGACGCCGCUAAUCCCGCUAACCCGUCCUCCUCUUCCAAGUCCUCCCUCCCGUCCUCCCAUAACGCUCGCUCGGCUUCCCUGCCCUCUUCGCACAUCCCCUCCCUGUCCAACGGCUCCCUCAAGCCCCCCUCGCAGCACGCGGCUAAAGCUCUCUCCUUCUCCUCGCAGACCCCCAACGGUCGAGUCCAUUCUUCCUCCUCCUUCUCCUCUUCAUCCUCCUCUUCUACCUCCCCCUCCCUUCUAUCGCCUUUGGGCCCGGGCGGAAAGAGCAUCCGCACCAUACACACCCCCAGCUUCACCAGCUACCGGGCCCACAACGGCAGCAGCGGCAAAUCCUGCAUCCCGACAGCCUCGGCGGCUAAGGACUAGCCCCGCUUUAGCUCCUUCGUAAUCCACGCGGCCCCCUAACUCCUCUUGUGUAGCAGCAAAAACUGUACUGUACUCGCCUAUGUGUUUUUUUUUGGGGGGGGGGGGUUCUCUUUCACGCAGGGACCAUGCAAAAUAAAAUGGCAGAAUCAGAGCUGUAACAGAAAAAGUGGCAGGCGGUGCAUUUGGCCCUUAGUGGGGCCUAACCACAA